UAUAUAUAUAUAUAUACACACACAUAUGCGCACAGUUCUGCUCUCAUUUCUCUCUUCACAAGACUGUGACCACUUCCCUUGCAUACUCAAACUUCCUCUUUAUACACACGAAGAUGUCGUUUGAAGUGCAUAACAUUAACUUGACAAGUGGAGGCACUCUGAAGAUUAAAGGAAAGAUUACUGAAGAAGCAGACAGAUUUGCGGUGAAUCUGGGGAGCAGUUCACACCACAUUGCACUUCACUUCAACCCCCGUUUCCAUGAUAAUGUUGAUGGUACUGUAAUUGUCUGCAACUCAAAAGAGGAUGACUGCUGGGGCAGUGAGCAGAGGGAUAUGGAGUUCCCCUUCAGCAAAGGGGAUGAAGUCAAGGUAUACAUCACUUUCAAGGGAGACAGCUUUGAAAUAAAGCUCCCAAAUGAUCAUGUGGUGGAAUUCCCCAACAGAUUAUCCUUGGAUAAAAUAGACUACAUGACCGUGUGGGGCGACUUCAAAUUGACUUCCUUCAAGUUCGAUUAAAAUGUCUGUGACACCACACCAGCAACCCGCCACACAAAAAUUGUAACUAGUGAAUGCUGGAAAUUUGAAAAUGUCAUAAAUGUUGGAAGCAUGCAUUUCUGUCAGGUGACUAAUUGUAAAAAAUCAUAUCUAGUGAGAGCCUCUGCCAAACCUUCUGGAUGAUGACAUGGUUCAACCUUGUGCUUUCCUUUCCAGAGCCACAGAAUCAAAUUCAGUCUAGAUUUCUCAGAUGAAAACUUCCCUUGUCACUGGCCUCAAAGGUGCUGUGUAAAAUUAGUUUGGGCAAUCUUAGUUCUGAUCAUAUGAACCUAUUAGUGUCAAUUCCCCCUUUUCGAAAAGGCUAAAGAUGGUCCAUGUAUGGAAUGGAUUAGCAGAGCAGGUUUGAAGGGCUGAAUGGUUCAUUAAGCAAAGAACCAGAACAAGAGUAGGCAAUGCAGUCUCUUGAGCCUGCUCCAUUUAAUACAGUCAUGGUUGAUCUCAUCUCAGUCUCAAAUCCACUUUCUAGUCCUCUGUCCAAAACCCAUUACUAAAUAAAAAUCUAUCUCCAAUCCUAUUUUUUUCUAUAUUUCUCAGCCUCUGGCUUUUGUAUACUUGAGCUGGGAGUAACACUCACUACCCAAUGUAGAAAAAUGUUACUAUUAUACAGCACAAGGACCCAAACAUAAACAUUCAGGCAGCAAAGACUUCACCCAACCUCUUUGAGUCUGUUCCAGUCAAAGUGAAUGACUUGCAUCGUCAAUUUGGCUUUUUCGUUCUGUGUAACCCGCAUGCUUACUAUGUUUGUCUAAUUAAUAGUAAUACAACUUCUGUAAGCUAUCCAUAAAUAAAACUUCUUGUGAGACGAA